UCAAAACUUUUGAAUCUCUUCACCGCAUUUAAUCAAACACCACUAUUAUUUUGUAUGCUGUGGUUAUUCAAGGAAUUGCCUUGAUAACCCAUUCCACGCUUACGAGAUCCCAUACAUACAUGAUCAACAAGCUGUCACAUUGCGAUAAUUAUUCAAAAAUAUCCACCUCAUGAAUUUUCUACAAUGGCACGACUCAACGAGCCAAUGGUGUCAACAGACAGCCUAGAAACGCUACGCCGAAAGUUUCUACGUCAGAAUCGAGACAUCGCACGCGUAAAUUCAACCCAAUCAUUGAAAAUUCGUAGUUUAGAGAAUGAAUGUGUUCGCCUACUAUCCGAGAAUCUCGACCUCCGCGGACAAAUACUACGACUCCAAACUGAGUUAGAAGAUAAUAAAGCACAGAGAAUCGCCGACCAUGCCCUCGAUAUUAAGGAGAAAAUGGAGGCGCAACUUGCCGAAUGGGGCGCUAUGCUUGCCGGACUAGGACAUGAGCCGACACCCAAGAGCCGAUCACCUAGAUCAGCAAAGAAGGCAAAACACAGAUCAAGUAUUGGUCGCACGAGUAUGUCAGAAUGGAAGCGAAGGGAUACAAUGAGCUCUAUGCAGGACUUGGAGGCUGCUGCGGCUCAAGAAGGCAGAUUGCCACCCAUCUGGGAAAACAAACCAUGUCCUCGUGAGACACUAGGUCGGGAUGAAAUCAUGGCGUUGCGCUCUAUCGUCGACGAUACCGACUCUCCAGACCUUGGACCUCCGCCCGUAUUAUCAAGUUUCGUGGAUGAAGAUCCGGUUAAAAUUGAUCUACCUGCAAGACUUGUGCCAAAGAAGUCGGAUUACGCGUCCCUUGAGAAGACAUCAUCUGAACCUCAGACCAAACGCGAGCCACCCGCGGCCCCCAAAGUGGACGAAAAGAAUAAUGAACAAUCUAUUGAUUUUGCCAAGGUUAUGAAUGACUCGCAUGAAGCAAGAACAAGAGACACAACUGAACCUUCAUCUCCUAAUCAAUCUGUUAAGGCCGGCUUGAAGAGGAAAUCGAGAGAGGAAGAUGAGAAGGAGAAUGAAGUGGUGUCGAAGCAACCUGUUCAAACUACCUCGGUUGCAAAGAACCAACCGGAGAAGACCGCAAGCCUCAAAGCUCGACCCAUCAGCAAUAGACCGAUCAAGCUCCCUGCAAACCGAAAAGAUAUCAAGGAAAAGACUGGCGUCUCAACAGCACCGAGGAAACCUCUAAGUGCGAAGAGCUCCAACGAGUUUUUGAAGUCUCCAAAGAAGGCCGCAAAGCCUCCCAUGUUAGACGAAGCCGCGAAGGAGGAGCCCAGAGCAAAGAAGAAUCCUCCGCCCAUCGAGAUACCUGUUCCGAAAUCCCCACAGCCAGUACCGGUCGCGAACGUGGACAUUGAGACUGAGACACCCACCACGGAACCGAACUUGGCUGUACCCGAGACUCCGGAAUCAAUGCAGAGGGAUGAUGUUAGAGACACUCCACCUCCUGCAGAUAUCUCGUCCAGAGAGACAUCGCGAGGCAGUCGUCGAGCUAGGGCUGCCGUUAGUUAUGCCGAGCCGAACCUCCGAGACAAGAUGCGCCGACCCUCGAAACAGCUACUCGACGCCGUGUCAGGGGAGGGCAAACAAAUCCGACGAACAAGCCACUCGAAAAAAGACGAGUUCUCCUCUGCCCCAUCAUCCGCGAUCAAAUCUGAAGAGAAGCCAAUGUCAUGGAAGGAACUUCCCGCGGUCGCGAGCGCUUCAAAGGCGACUCCAGAUGCCAUGGCUAGUCCCCUGGCCAGGAAGAACCCGAGAUCCUCCCCUUCGGAUGACCUACCUACCACUGUAGUGAUGGAUCGAAGGAAGCGAAAUUCUGCGAUGACAACUACAUUAGGAGCAGCCGAUGCUGAGUCCUCAUCUUCAUCUAGCGGGGGUGCUUUAAAAUCGAGCUCUGGCCGAACAUCCGGUCGUCGCGUAGACGAGGUUGCGGCGCGAGAGGCUGAGGUGGCUAAGAUAUUCCACAAUGAAUCGGAUAUUUACGACAUGCCGCACUCGUCCCCGAUAGACGAUUCGAAGAACGGCCACCCACCGGACGCCGAUGAGAUUUUAAAAAAGAGUGACAUCCGAGGAGCCCGGAAAUCGAGAUCGAGACGACUGUCCUCAAUGGUUCGUGAGGACUUGGAUAUGGACCCUGAAUACCAGCCGCAGCGGCAGCAACAUCAUGAGAAGAGUCGGCCUACGAGAAGAGUUACGAUGACAGCGUCGAGGGAAUCCAAAUUGGACUUGGAAAGCACAGCACAUGAUAACUCUAUGGAGGGGGACAGCCUCGGUAGCUCCUCGUCUGCGGAAGCGGACGCUGCGGCCCGAGACCGGACUGCGACGAGACGUAGGAGCAUGAUGAUAUGAGGAGGGGGUGGAGCCGAGUAAAAGCAAACCCGAGACCAAGAGCAACGCACUAGACCAUUCCGUGGUCAUGGUGGUAAUGAAUUCACACGAUCAUUUUCUUCAGGAGCAUAAGGGGAUUUUCUUUUCUUUAUGUUUCUAUUCUGCCUGCAUUGAAGCAGGUAGGAAGGCAUGGAGACGGGCGAACAGGUGGAUCAGAAAGGAAGUGGACGAGCAAGCAAGAGAACAAGCUGGCAUACUGACUGAAUAAAUCAAUCACUGGAAAAAGACUGAGGGCAAAUGAUGAAAACCUCCCUUUUCUUCACACUUUUUAUUAUGUUUCUUUCGUCAUGAACUUUUUU